AUGUUUGCUUCGCUUGCUCCUUGGAACUCCGAAUUUUCAAGUGCUGUAGCGGCGGAACUUGAGAGUGAACCAUUCGUAACAUUUUCUUUGGCUAAUGUGGAUCGAAACGGAUUGCCACAUACUAGAACUUGUGUUUACAGAGGCUUCUUAUUUGAUGACGCAAAAACCAACAUUUUACUAUUCACUUGUGAUAAGAGAUCUUCCAAGUAUAAGGACCUGAUAGCGAAUGCCAAUUUCGAAGCAUGCUUCUAUUUUCAUAAGCUUCACAAGCAAUUCAGGUUCAGUGGAGCUGCAAGAGUGAUCACAGACGAUCAAUACCCGAUUAUAAGUUUCAACAAAGCCAAGUUGGCUAUGAAACUUCAAGAACAAAACGUCAAUCAAGAAAAUGGAAAUAAAGAAGAUGGCCUCGUUGUGGAACAAGAGCCUGAUUUCUACUCAAGUAGGAUAGAUGAAGUUGGUGCCACUGAACCUAUCACAUACCGAGUUUUAUCCCCCUCUCAAUCCCAGGCUAUGAACUACAGUUCGACCUCUCUUGCCGAUCUCAAUAAACCAACUAUUCCUCCCACGGAAGCCGAAUGGAAAGCCGAAAGACAAAGGUGUUGGAAUGCGCUUUCGCGAAGUUUGAAGAGGUCCUUCAAAAGGCCCGCACCCGGAACUCAGGUUACCGAAGAAAAAUACAAACUCCUUGAUUCAAUUAAUAGAGGUGUCGAUGGUACUUCAUCGGGUCAGGAGAACUUCGUGGUCGUCUGCUUGUUCGUGAAAGCAGUGGAUCUAGUUGAACUCACCGGAGGUGUGGACAGACGGUAUCUGUAUAAGAAGAGUUACGAUAUAGACGCAUGGAAAGAGUACGAGGUGUGUCCCUGA